UUUUUUUUUUUUUGAGACAGAGUCUCGCUCUGUCACCAGGCUGGAGUGCAGUGGCACAAUCUCGGCUCACUGCAACCUCCGCCUCCUGGGUUCAAGGAAUUCUCUUGCCUCAGCCUCCUGAGGCACGCACCAUCUUGCUCAGCUAGUUUUUGUAUUUUUAGUAGAGGCAAGGUUUCACCAUGUUGGCCAGGGUGGUCUCUUAUCUCUUGACCUCUUGAUCUGCCUGCCUCGGCCUCCCGAAGUGCUGAGAUUACAGGCGUGCACCACUGUGCCCGCUCUUCUCCUUGUUUAUUUCUUUUCUCUACUCCUUCGACGUCCAUACUGGAAUCACCUCCUCUGGAAAGUCACUGUACACAAAUUCUCAUCUCAGGGUCUCCUUUUAGAGGAACCCAAUCUAAGUACUCCUUCAACUACACUCCCACCCAGAAGUCUUUUUCUCUGUUCCCCAGCUCCGGAUGACCACAGCUACCAUAAUCAGGCAGGACUUCCCUUUGGCUGUCUCCUGACAUCCAAGUCUGGUCAAUUCUUCUAGAAAGGGAGACGUACAGACAGAUAUUAACCAGCCUCUCCCUUCUUGAAUCCAGUCCUGCGCUGGGCAAUGAGACUCCAGAGAUGAAUCAGAUAAGUCUUGCUCGUUUAAAUUUUUAUUUAUUUUUUAAGAGAUGAGGUCUCACUCUGCUGCCCAGGCUGGUUUCUGAGCUCAAGUGAUCCCCCUGCCUCAGCCUCUCAAAGCACUAGGAUUACAGGCAUGAGCCCCCACACCUAGCCAAUCCUGCUCUUGAGGACUCUCUAGUUUGCUGAGGAGGCAGACCUGGACCCAGGCAAGGACCAUGAAGUGUGCACAGAACUGCAUCAAAAAUGUCAGAGAAGGCCAGGCACAGUGGCUCACGCCUGUAAUCCCGGCACUUUGGGAGGCUGAGGCAGGCGGAUCAUGAGGUCAGGAGAUUGAGACCAUCCUGGCCAACAUGGUGAAACCCCGUCUCUACUAAAAAUACAAAAAUUAGCCAGGCACAGUGGCGGUAGUCUCAGCUACUUGGGAGGCUGAGGCAGGAGAAUUGCUUGAACCUGGGAGGCAGAGAUUGCAGUGAGCCGAGAUCGCGCCAUUGCACUCCAGACUGACAGCAGAAUGAGAUUCUGUCUCAAAAAAAAAAAAUGUCAGAGAAGUCUUUCUUGAAGAGGUGACAAAGGCUGGGUACUGAAAGCUGAGUAGGAGUUUGUCAUUUGGGAGGCAGGGAAGCACUCGAAACAAAAGAUACAGCUUAUGCAAGGAUUUGGUGGGAUGAAAAUAUCCAGGCAAAAAAAGCAAAAAGCAAAAAUCUGGGCUGGGUAGGUUAAGGGAGUGGGAAGGGAUUUCUGAUUUCCUGUAGAUUUGGUUUGGAGAAGCAGGGGAAGGAUGAGGAAGAACUGGGGCAUGGCAGAUGUUGGAAAUCAGGCUGAAGGGCUUGUACUUCCUCCUGAGUAUGAUAGGGAGCUAUGGAGGGUUCCUGAGGAGGGUGGAGUGACCCUGUCAGACUUGGAUUUGAAAAUGAUUCCUCUGGAUUAGGUAAAUCCAGGGGUGCUGGCUUACACAAGAAGGAAGUGAUGCAUUUUUAGGGAGUAAAAGAGGUGAUUUUGAGCCUGGGGCACAGGGAGAGGGUGGAGGCUAAGGCCUGGGAAGGAGUGCUCUUGAACCUGGAAGGGCCCAGCUCCCCAGGACCAGCCUUUGGCCUUGAUAUGACCUGAUUCAGCUAAACAAAGCUGGGGAGCAGGGACAAGACCUGGGGGACUUGUCGGCUCAGUGCCCCUGAGGUAACCAUUAAUCCUUCCCCUGGGGGAAUCCAGGGGCUUGUCCCUGGAUGGGGCAGAUCCUGGGGAGCAUGGAGGAGCACACACAGGCAGGCUCGGCACCAGAGCUGGGAGCCCAGAGGGCUCUGAUCAACAAUCCUGCUGACAUCCUAGUCAUCGCUGCAUAUUUCCUGCUGGUCAUCGGUGUUGGCUUGUGGUCCAUGUGCAGAACCAACAGAGGCACCGUGAGUGGCUACUUCCUGGCUGGACGCAGCAUGGUGUGGUGGCCGGUUGGGGCCUCUCUCUUCGCCAGCAACAUUGGCAGUGGCCACUUUGUGGGCCUGGCAGGGACUGGCGCUGCAAGUGGCUUGGCUGUGGCUGGAUUCGAGUGGAAUGCGCUCUUCGUGGUGCUGCUACUGGGCUGGCUCUUUGCGCCUGUUUACUUGACGGCAGGGGUCAUCACGAUGCCACAGUACCUGCGCAAGCGCUUCGGUGGCCGCCGCAUCCGCCUCUACCUGUCUGUGCUUUCCCUUUUCCUGUACAUCUUCACCAAGAUCUCGGUGGACAUGUUCUCUGGAGCUGUAUUCAUCCAGCAGGCUCUGGGCUGGAACAUCUAUGCCUCCGUCAUCGCACUUCUGGGCAUCACCAUGAUUUACACGGUGACAGGAGGGCUGGCUGCGCUGAUGUACACGGACACGGUGCAGACCUUCGUCAUCCUAGGGGGCGCCUGCAUCCUCAUGGGUUACGCCUUCCACGAGGUGGGCGGGUAUUCGGGUCUCUUCGACAAAUACCUGGGAGCAGCGACUUCGCUGACGGUGUCCGAGGAUCCGGCCGUGGGAAACAUCUCCAGCUCUUGCUAUCGACCCCGGCCCGACUCCUACCACCUGCUCCGGCACCCUGUGACGGGGGACCUGCCGUGGCCCGCGCUGCUCCUGGGGCUCACGAUCGUCUCGGGCUGGUACUGGUGCAGCGACCAGGUCAUCGUGCAGCGCUGUCUGGCCGGGAAGAGCCUGACCCACAUCAAGGCGGGCUGCAUUCUGUGCGGGUACCUGAAGCUGACGCCCAUGUUCCUCAUGGUCAUGCCAGGAAUGAUCAGCCGCGUUCUAUACCCGGAUGAGGUGGCGUGCGUGGUACCCGAGGUGUGCAGGCGCGUGUGUGGCACGGAGGUGGGCUGCUCCAACAUCGCCUACCCGCGGCUCGUCGUGCAGCUCAUGCCCAGAGGUCUGCGCGGACUCAUGCUGGCGGUCAUGCUGGCCGCGCUCAUGUCCUCGCUGGCCUCCAUCUUUAACAGCAGCAGCACGCUCUUCACCAUGGACAUCUACACUCGCCUGCGGCCCCGCGCCAGCAACCGCGAGCUGCUGCUGGUGGGACGGCUCUGGGUGGUGUUCAUCGUGGUAGUGUCGGUGGCCUGGCUUCCCGUGGUGCAGGCGGCGCAGGGCGGGCAGCUCUUCGAUUACAUCCAGGCCGUCUCCAGCUACCUGGCACCGCCCGUGUCUGCCGUCUUCGUCAUGGCGCUCUUCGUGCCGCGCGUUAAUGAGCAGGGCGCCUUCUGGGGACUCAUCGGGGGCCUGUUGAUGGGCCUGGCACGCAUGAUUCCCGAGUUCUCCUUCGGCUCAGGAAGCUGCGUGCAGCCCUCUGCCUGCCCGGCUUUCCUCUGCGGCGUGCAUUACCUCUACUUCGCCAUCGUUCUGUUCCUCUGCUCCGGCCUCCUCACCAUCAUGGUCUCGCUAUGCACCGCACCCAUACCCCGCAAGCACCUCCACCGCCUGGUCUUCAGUCUCCGGCACAGCAAGGAGGAACGGGAGGACCUUGAUGCUGAUGAGCAGGAAAGCUCCUCACUCCCUGUACAGAAUGGGUGCCCAGAGAGUGCCAUGGAGAUGGACGGUAGGGCACCAUGCUGGGAGGUGGGGCUGGGGGAGCUGAGUUCCCUCGAACUAAUUGCAGGGCCUUAAUUUUCCCCAGAGCCCCAGGCCCUGGCACCUAGCCCCUUCCGCCAGUGCCUGCUCUGGUUUUGUGGAAUGAGCAGGGGCAGAGCGGGCAGUCCUCCGCCCCCUACCCAGGAGGAGGUAGUGGCAGCAGCCAGGCAGCUGGAGGACAUCAGCGAGGACCCGAACUGGGCCCGUGUGGUCAACCUCAAUGCCCUGCUCAUGAUGGCAGUGGCUGUAUUCCUCUGGGGUUUCUAUGCCUAA